UUUCGAUAUCUCUGUCAGUGUUAAGCUGAAAUCGAAGUUUUAUUUUUUUUUUGCUUUAAUUUCUUGGUUGCUUUGAUAUGUUGGUUGCUUUAAUUUCCUGUUUUAUUCCAGUUAUCUUUUUAUUUGGUUGGUAUCGUUUCAUGCUCUGAAUAUUUUUGCUAUAUCAUUACAUCCUCUGACUCUUAUGUGUUAUGUUAUAAGUUCGUUUUGUUAAAAAAGGUUUCAACUUAGGUUCGAACACAGCAUUAUGGACAAAGCUUGGGUACAUCUAAACAGAGUUGAUCCUGGAUAUGAGAGAGGGGCUUCAAAGUUUGUCCGGGAUGUGGCUUCAGCAAUGGGAGGGGUUGAUGUUAUUGUAUGUCCGUGUAUUGACUGCCGUAACAUAGUUCGACAUUCAGCAAGUGUGGUACUUGAUCAUCUUGUUACUAGGGGUAUGGAGGAGGGUUAUAAGAUGCGGGCUGAUUGGUAUCUACAUGGAGAGUUGAACGCAGAGGUUGCUGAUGAAAGCAAAGGAAGUGAGUGGAACGAUGAGAUCUAUGGGUUGUUCAGAGCUGCUGAGUGUUUUGAUGAAGAGUUAGCUGGUAUGGGGAAUCUAUCUGAUAUGGCAGAGGGAGAGGACAAGAAAGAAGAUGAGUUCUUGGCAAAGCUAGCUGACGCUGAAACACCAUUGUAUCCGAGCUGUUCAAGCCAUAGCAAGUUAUCUGCAAUUGUUUCGUUGUUCAGAUUGAAGACUCAGAAUGGAUGGUCUGACAAGAGCUUCAAUGAUUUGCUAGAGACCUUGCCAGACAUGUUACCUGAAGAAAAUGUCUUGCACACAUCACUCUAUGACGUGAAGAAGUUCUUGAAAUCAUUUGACAUGGGCUACGAGAAGAUCCAUGCUUGUGGCAACGACUGCUGCCUAUUCAGAAAGAGGUUCAAGAAACUCGAUAAGUGUCCUAAAUGCAAGGCUUCAAGGUGGAAGACUAAUGUCCACACGGGUGAGACGAAGAAAGGCGUCCCACAGAAAGUUCUCCGUUACUUCCCUGUAAUACCAAGACUGAAGAGAAUGUUCCGGUCUGAAGAAAUGGCCAAGGAUUUGAGGUGGCACUUUACCAACAAAAGCAGUGAUGGAAAGCUGCGUCAUCCUGUUGAUUAUGUGACAUGGGAUCAUAUGAAUGCCAAAUACCCUACGUUUGCAGAUGAAGCAAGGAACCUGAGGCUGGGACUUUCAACAGAUGGAUUCAAUCCAUUCAACAUGAAGAACUCGAUGUACAGUUGCUGGCCUGUUCUGCUAGUUAACUACAACUUACCUCCAGACCUGUGCAUGAAGAAGGAGAAUAUCAUGCUUUCUUUGCUGAUUCCUGGUCCACAUCAGCCUGGUAAUAGCAUAGACGUGUAUUUAGAACCCCUAAUCGACGAUCUUAACACUCUGUGGAGCAUUGGAGAGGUAACAUACGACGCUCUUACUCGAUCAGCUUUUACACUAAAGGCGAUGCUGCUUUGGACAAUCAGCGAUUUUCCAGCUUAUGGGAAUCUAGCAGGCUGCAAAGUAAAGGGAAAAAUGGGAUGUCCGUUAUGUGGAAAAAAUACAGAGAGCAUGUGGUUGAAGUUCAGCAGAAAGCAUGUGUAUAUGGGUCAUAGAAAGGGUCUGCCACCAACUCACAGUUUUAGAGGAAAGAAGAAAUGGUUUGAUGGAAAAGUAGAACAAGGGAGAAGGGGAAGAAUACUUACUGGGCGUGAUAUUUCUCAAAAUCUGAGAAAUUUUCACAAUGAUUUUGGAAAUUUCAAACGGUCUGGCAGUAAGAGAAAAAUGAUGCAGGGUUCAACUGAUUUAGGGUCUGAUAUUGAGGGUAUGUCGAGUGAAUCAGAUGAAGAGGAAGAAGUACUAGUAGAUGAGGAUGAGUUAUCUAGAUGGAAGAAGAGGUCAAUAUUCUUCAAGCUACCUUAUUGGGAGGAACUCCCGGUGAGGCACAACUUAGAUGUAAUGCAUGUGGAGAGAAAUGUUGCUGCAAGCUUAGUUUCAACGUUGUUGCACUGUGGGAAAUCUAAGGAUGGUCUUGCCGCUCGUAAGGAUCUGGAGGAGCUUGGUAUUAGGCCGGAUUUGCACCCUAGAGUGCAAGGAAAAAGAACCUAUCUCCCUCCAGCACCGUGGUCUUUGUCCAAGCAAGAAAAGAAGAUAUUUUGCAGGCGUCUAUUUGACUUCAAAGGGCCAGAUGGAUAUUGUUCUAACAUAUCAAGAGGUGUCUCGUUGGAUGACUGUAAAGUCUCUGGUCUGAAAUCACAUGACUACCAUGUUUUGAUGCAACAACUUCUGCCGAUUGCACUUAAAGGGUUGCUGCCAAAAGGACCGAGGCUUGCAAUUUUUAGAUUAUGCUCUUUCUUCAAUCUGUUGUGUCAGAGAGUGAUUGACAUGGAGAAGCUUCUGGUUAUGGAAGCUGAGAUUGUUGAGACUCUGUGCUUGUUUGAAAGAUACUUUCCUCCAAGUUUGUUUGAUAUCAUGCUUCAUUUGACUGUCCAUCUAGGAAGAGAAGCUCGGCUUGGUGGACCAGUCCACUUUAGAUGGAUGUACCCGUUUGAAAGGUACAUGAAAGUCCUCAAAGACUUUGUUAGAAAUCCUGCAAGACCAGAGGGCUGCAUAGCUGAGUGCUACCUUGCUGAGGAAUGUAUCCGGUUUUGCAGUGAGUUCCUGAAGAAAACAACAAAUGUUCAAGAGAAAAAGGAUAGAAACACAGAGUAUGAGAACAAUUCUAUCUUAGAGGGUCGUCCAAUAACCACUGCUACUUCAGUAACUCUCACUGAAACGGAAAAGAGGAUUGCUCAUAUUGCUAUCAUCCAAAACAUGGCUAUGGUCGAACCUUAUGUAGAUGAGCAUCUACAAUAUUUACAAGACACAGAUGGAAGGUGUCGGCGAGAUGCAUCAACGUUAUGGAGUAUGCAUACUAAGAAUUUUGCUUCCUGGCUAAAAGAGAAGGUGCCUCUUGAUUCUGCAGAACAUGACGACACACUUAAGUGGAUAGCUUAUGGUCCACGUUGUUCUGCGAGAUCAUAUACAGGAUUCAUUGUUAAUGGGCAGAGGUUUCACACAGUGUCAGUUGAUAGGAAAAGUCAGAAUAGUGGGGUCUAUUAUGAGGCUACAGCAGUGUGUAGAGCUAGUGCAAAAGAUACAUCACAGGUGGUAGAUUUAGUAUCUUACUACGGCAGGGUGACAGACAUCAUUUUGAUCGACUACAAUGUCUUCUAUGUUCCUCUGUUCCGAUGUCAAUGGGCAGUUAAGGGUAAUGGAGUAAAGAUCGAAGAUGGUUUUACACUUGUGAACAUGAAUCAAAGUCAAGCCUCCUUUGCAAGUGACCCUUACAUUCUAGCAUCUCAAGCGAAGCAAGUGUUUUACUCCAGAGAAGAUGAGUCAUCAAACUGGUAUAUUGUCAUGAAAGGUCCUUCUAGAAGAUACAGUAAGGAAGAUAUUCAAGAGGGAAAUGCAGAUAUUGGGCCAUUACCGUCGAAUGUUGACUUGGAUGUUGACAUUGAUGAUGCUGAGAAUGUCAGAACUGAUUGUGAAGGGAUAUAUGUGUGACGAAGUUGCCUUAUUGACAUUGAUGAUAUCAUUGCUUGUUUUUGUUUUUGAUUGUGGUACUUGCUUGGUCAUUGUCUGCUUGUUUGGUUGUUUCUUGUUUUGAGGUUGUAGUGUGAUUGUUUCAGUGUUCUGUUGAGUAUGAAGUUAACUAUGUAUUUCUUAUUAU